CUAAAACAUCAUCUACCACUUUACAAAGGAUAUCCAACGAUUCCCCAUAAAUAUCAACUAGGAAUUGUUACUCCACUAGCACUUUUUUUUUUGUUUUUUACUGAUGAUCAAUUACAGAAAAUGGUUGAAAAUACCAAUAUAUAUGAAAUGGUAAAAGGUAGAGAGGGUGGUCAUGACUAG